UACUACUUUGCUAGUUUCGUUAUGUUACCUAUUCAUAAUUCUUGUUUUAAUUUAUUUCUAUGUAUAAUUUGUCCUUUACUGAAAUUGUUUUGAACAGAGUAUGGCUUCGUUUAUUUUUACAUGUAUAUAUUACAACAAAGAACAACUAAACUUUUAUGGAAAAUAGUAAAAGCGUACCUGAUUUUAUAUACAAUGGCUAUUUGCGAAUUGAGAGGGUUGUUAUUGACCGUUUGUAUUAUCGAAUUGAUCAUCACCGUACAACGACAAGUGUUUGACUUCUUAGGUUUCAUGUGGGUACCCAUAAUUGCUAACUUCGUGAAUAUUCUGCUAAUAAUAUUUGGUUCUUUUGGAGCAGUUCAGUACAUCACGAAGUACCUCGUAGCGUAUGCAAUAUGGAGUUUCAUGUGGCUAACAUGGAAUAUAUUUUUAAUAUGCUACUAUCUUAAUCUUGGAUCAUUGAAUAGGGAAAGUGGCCUUCUAUCCUUUGGGACCGGCAGUGUUAGCUGGUGGGAAGGAAACGGCUGGGGCUGCCAGACAGUAUGGAGCGAGGAAGAUGGCCCUGGCUCACUGAGGCCCACUCGUGUGGACGGCUGUUUCCUCCCGUGGCACCAUGUGGAGCUUACACAGUCCGCUGUAGCAGCUGUUCUCACAAUUGCUGCAUUGCCACUCUCCAUCCUUUUGACUAUUCAGUCAUAUAAGAGAAGAAAACCAUCAGGGACAUCAGUAAAAGGCACCCUACCGCGGCGGCCAGUCUACACGAUAGAGCUCAGCCCCACCGAAACGAACGUAAGCGAAAGUUCUCUAAAACCGAUGACGCCGCGUCGAGUCAAGCGCAGGUCCGGCUCGCGGGGCACCAACUCGUCCGUCCGAAGAUCCCGACGAUCGUACCGGAACAACGGCUACCUCGCGUCCACCGCCUCGCUGCCCCGCGAACCGCGUUCUCGCCCCACGUCAGCGCAUUCCUCCUAUUCUAAUUUCCACGCCGCGCGUCCGGCGUCCUACCACGCGCCCGAGCCGGAGGCGAGCCGCCCCCGCGACGUGUACGAGCCGCCGCCCCCGACCGAGGCGGUCACCGUCACGCAGCGGUACGACACGAUCCGCGGGCCCGGCGCCGGCUACGACGUCGCCGGACCCUACGACCGGGCCCAGUACGACCACCGCCACUACGAGUCGAACCCGACGUACGGCAACGUGCAGUACUCUGCGCACUACGAGGGCCGGGCGGAGAUGCCGUGCGAGUCGCCGUACGGGCGCGGAGGCGGGCACUCGGCGGACGGCUGGGAGGCGCUGCCGCCGCCCGCGCCGCCCUACAGCGCGCGCGCCACGCCGCAGGCGCCCGGCCCGCCCGCCUACCAGCAGAACGACUACAACAUGAUGCCCUAGUUACUACUUUUCUAUUUGUAUUUACGCCUACUAAUCUCACACGGUUGCGAUACUUUUUGCUUCAAAAAGUGAUAAUUUUACCUUAAAGUUGCUCACGUACAGGUAGAUGCGGCUGACUUGUAAUGAUUACUAUGUGCCUUUUUCCAGUGACUGUUCUCUAGCUCAAUUUUAUUGUCUUUUUGUGAUGUCGGCGAUGCGUCCGUUGUGAUCGUCUGAUGCUUCUUAGACGUAUUUGCAUUUUCCUAAAGUAUUGUUUACUUAAGACUUUCUGUACUAAUAAGAAUCUCUUUGUUGUGAUGUAUAAAAUACAUUCCCUUUAUUCUUUGUUAGGUUUAAGAUUGUGACGCCUGUUAUUUUUACUGUUGAAUGUAAGAAGUGUUUUAAUGAUCGAAUUUGUACUUAGCACGAGUUAAAUGUUAUUUUAUAAAAAAUACACAGAUUUAAACAUUUGACAGAGUACACAAUACAUUUUAUCAAUAUGUGUUACAAGUUAUAUUACAUUCCGUUCUAAUGUUCUCACUGUUAUACUCGUAAUAGCAAAAUCAACAACGAUAUUGCUGCCAUGAAUAGAAUAAUACCUAGUGUAUCAAAAUCAUUCCAACCGUAACAAAAUGUAACUUACAUACAAUUGUAAGUUACAUUUUGUACACACUUUAAAAAGUAAGAUAAAUCUACAGAUCGAAUCUUAUUUUUUGCGCUGUAUCGCUGAUUGAAUCUCAAUAUUCGUAUACAUUCUUACCCCCUUAUUCAUAAACGUACGUACUCUAAACUUAUCAAGCCGAUAAAGUUCGUUUGUCCUUUUCUAUCACACCAAUACGUCGGAAGUCGGUAAGAUAACUUUAGAGUACGUUUAUGAAUAAGGGGGUUAAUCUCUUACAUAUCUUUACCAAUACAAAUAAUAGUUAAUGUAAUCUUGCCAAGUGUCCUUUGUAUUGUAAUGUUGUCCGUCCAAGUAACAUUAAAGCAAUAUAUAUGACAAGAUAUAAAUGUUAGAUCUGUAUUGCAAGUUCGUAGUUCAAACAACUAAGGUAAUUUUACUCUAAGCGUCCUAUUGUUGUGAAUCGACAUGUUAAAUGUGGUCCAAUAUUUAAUUACUAGAAAAAUGAGCUUUAUUAGUUUUAAGUCAAGUAAUUAUUUUUUAGUUUAUUUUAAAGAAAACUUUCCAGGUAAUUUUAUACCAAAUACACACUUAUGGAUAAAAAUGAUGUUAUUUAUUUAGAAACCUAUAAAUUUAAUAAUUAUGUUCUACCUGUUCAAAAAUAAUUAAUCACUACAAUGUGUACGAUCUGUAGGUAGGUGCCUAGGUGUAGGAGGCAGCCACAUGAUACAUUGAUUGAUUGUUAUGUUAUAAAAGAGACGAUACCACGAUAUUGUCACUUUAAUGUCUAUUCUUUUUUGUACCGGGACCGGGGUACAGCUAUGGAGCUAAUAUAUUAUAUUAUAUGCUUUCACAUGGGUAAAACGUCGCUUACGUAAAGCAUGAGAUUCAUGUCACACUCGCUUACGUGUAAGCCUUGCCAUACACAUUACAGGUUACAUUGAUAGCCCGAUAGAAAUCUAUCAAUCUUGAGAUGGGUCGAGAUUUCAAUUAAAUACAAUUUGUAAUCGAGCAUUGAAAUUUAUUCACUUUUAUUAAUAAAUAAAUCUUAAAUUACCUUAAAAUAUACUAACAAGGCUGCGCAACAAUCAUAUCACAUUACAUUCCAUACAAUCGACGUCUUUCAAAGACAAAUGCAAAUAUUGCUAACCAUAACAAAUGAGAUUUGGUUUUAGAGAUUUAAAAAAUACUUAUACAGGGAACUUACACAAUCUAUUUUUUUACAUUCAACCACACAAUCAUCAACAUUAGGCCAACU